GGAGCGAAACGGUGACACUCGCGACAAACUUUGUAGAUUCGAACAACGUGUUAAUCUGCAAGUGAGGUGGGACAGAUGGAGAAAUCUAAAAACUUUCGUAUUGACGCACUUCUGGCUGUUGACCCACCAAAAGUACAGACCUCGCCACUGGCGCUGGUCACCUCCUCCAUAUCAUCCUCUGAAUGUGACCAGGCGACGGACUUGAACACAAACACCGAAUCACUUCGGACAGAGACUCCGUCGCCCCCCAGGAUAUCGUCUUGCGGCUUCAUUCCCAAACCGGGUUUCUUGAACUCUCCACAUUCAGGCAUGGUCGGACUACACCCUCAGAGUACAGGGAUUCAUCCGCAAGCUCUCUAUGGCCAUCCAAUGUACACUUACUCAGCAGCAGCGCUUGGUCAGCACCCGGCCCUGUCCUACUCCUAUCCUCACGGGUCGCAUCACAAUCAUAAUGACCCCCUCAAACUGACCGCCAGCUCCUUUCAGCUCGAUCACUGGCUGAGGGUCUCAACUGCAGGAAUGAUGCUCCCCAAGAUUUCAGAUUUCAACAGUCAGGCGCAGUCAAAUUUACUCGGGAAGUGCAGAAGACCAAGAACCGCGUUUACAAGCCAGCAGCUGCUUGAACUUGAGCAUCAAUUUAAAUUGAAUAAAUAUCUCUCGAGACCCAAACGCUUUGAAGUGGCCACAUCUUUAAUGUUAACAGAGACGCAGGUGAAAAUUUGGUUUCAGAACAGGCGUAUGAAAUGGAAACGCAGUAAAAAGGCAAAAGAACAAGCCGCUCAGGAGGCCGAGAAACAGAAAGGUAAAAACAAUCAGGACGGAUCGGAGCAGAAGGAUUAUCAGAAGGUAGACUCAGUGAAAAGUAACAGAAUACGGGACUUUAGAGACAGUGACGACGAUGAAGGGGAAAAUUAUAUGUUGCAUUCAUCUGAUUGUUCUUCCGACGAUGAACGAACCAACGGCAGUGACAUUAGUCCACAACAGUGAGACCAUUCGUUGUUCACAAAAACACUUAUGUGAAGAAAUAUGUGAUUUGCAUGUUUUAUCAUCCACCAGUCAUUGUGGAAAUCAGAGAUCUAUUUGGCCAGGCAUGCUGAGAGGAGGACAUCUUUGUAACCCAUCCAAACAUUGACUGGAUUCUUCUCCUGAAGGUAGCUUGAUGUUAUGGUUGCUGAGCAUGUGGUAAAAUAGCAUUACAUCAUGCCAAAUGAGUAGUAUCACUAUCAGUAAUAAUUAGCAUCAUGUUUCUCUUCGAUAACCACUGCGUGUUAGAUUUGAUUUCUGAACUCGCAACACGUUCAUAUCUACGAGCACCAUAUGUGAUCUGUUUAUUUUUAUACAAUGUAUUUAUAACGAAAAUGCAUGUGAAUUAUUGUUCUGUGAAUACAAUUAUU